GGCAACCACGCGUGGGGAGAGACACGAAAAUGCCGCCUAGUCACGGGAUUGUGGGCUCUCAAUUUAACUUCCCGGAAGGUAAGCAUGUGGAUCUUCCGAAGCAGAUAAACCGAGUCUACAACCACCGCUGUUGAAAUCGACAUUGUUCGUCAAUCAAAAUGUGGAAGCGAUCUAUGCUUCUAUCAUCUUUCUCAGAGGCCACUCUGCUCCAGGGUGGUCGCUGUCUCAGCUGCCAAUUCCGCAAUGCCGCUGCCACUUCAACUAUUCGAGUAAAGCCGGCGCUGCGCUACUACGCAAGCAGCAGUAACAAUGAUAAAGCAGCAAAGACGGCUGUACCCAAUCCAACGGCGAAUAAUAAGGUCCAAUUUAAACAGAACCCAUCCCCGUCAUCAGCUCCUUCUGCGACCCCCGAACCCGGCGACGAUGACUUCGUUCCCCCGACCCUCGACCGUCCAAUUGGUUCGGUGAUUCCUCCGCAAGAAGGACAGAACACCGGUGUUGAUUCGCGAACUCUCCGGCAAAGACGAGACGACUUUGUCAACUAUGAUAGACAUCUGGAGCGUCGCAAAGAAUUAACAAGACAAGUCGCAAAACCCUAUUUCCGAGAAUGGUCGAACCUCCGCCAUCACGAAGGGAAGACCUUCUACUCCGGUCCCCGGUUAUUCAAACGAGACAAGGCGCUCUACUUCCCCAACAUGCACGGUACCACACUUGCAUCGCCCAAGGAACCGCAGGAUACCACCACGCAGCUUCGGGGCAGAAUUUCCGUCGUGAAUCUUUUCUCUAGUGUUUGGGCAGAGACGCAGGUUGCGACUUUCACGGGUCCUGAACAGAAUCCAGGCCUCUAUGAGGCGAUCAAGAGCGGUGGCGAUAUGGUUCAGAAGGUGGAUAUCAACUUAGAAGAGAAUGCCCUCAAGGCAUGGCUGGUUCGCAGAUUUAUGUGGCGGAUGCGGAACAAGUUGCCUGAACAGCAACAUAGGCGCUACUUCCUGGUUCGCAAAGGUGUCACAGAAGGCGUUAAGGAGUCUAUCGGAAUGAUGAACAGCAAGGUUGGAUAUGUUUAUCUCUUGGAUGAAAAUUGUCGCAUUCGGUGGGCAGGAAGCGGGCCUGCAGAAGAACAUGAGCUCGAGGCACUUAACAACGGAAUCCGCAAACUGAUUCAAGAGAACAAAAUCAGUAUGGAGUCUGAGUUACCUGCUGCAGAGUGGGGAAGGAAGAGUCAAAGCUGGUCGGCAGCUCAAAAGCCCCGGGUUGUCAUGAGACCUUGAGGGGCAAAAAAAAGUCAUCAUGUAUAUACAUAUGUAUCAUAUUACGGAUUACCCCAUUCACUUUCACCAUGCUCAGCUACAGCCCAGUGUAUGACGGAGAUCAGCACCUUAAUCGACCGAUAUAGAUCAUCAAUAACCAUGAUUUGGGUCGCCCCUAUACAUCAAGCAGAUCAUACAAGAAACCCACGAAUUAACAACUCAUGUCUAGCAGAAGUAAAAGUGCCCAAUCCCAUAACGCCCACACACUAUAGACAGCGGUAAAAUAAAUGACAAAGAAACAAGAAAAUAACACCGCUAAAGUAGAGAUCUUGACACCAAGCUAAAGCGGAACCACCAUGCACUUAUCGGAACCAAAGCAGCAUCAAAAAGCAGAACC